GUGCAGUGGAGAGAGCACGAUGGGAUUCUCAGAGUUGCUGCACACCAUUGGCGGCAUGGGGAACUUCCAAAUCCUCCAAACUGCUCUCAUUAUGUUCCCUGCCAUCCUGAUCACUUGUCACAACUUCCUGCAGAACUUCACAGCCAUGACCCCAGAGCAUCACUGCCGGCCGGUCAACUGGACCAACGGGUCUCAGGUCCCAGGUGGUGUCCGAGAUGGGGAUUUGCUAAGAGUCUUCAUCCCACUGGACAAGGACCAGAAGCCUGAGCGUUGCCUGAGGUUCUCCGAGCCUCACUGGCAGAUCUUAAACCUCAAUGGCACUUCGUCUUUGAACUUGGACACCGAGGGCUGCCUGGAUGGGUGGGUGUAUGACCAAAGUGUUGACUCCUCCAUCGUUUCUGAGUGGGACCUGGUGUGCGAGCACAAGUCACUGAAGUCCAUUGCUCAGUCCAUAUACAUGACGGGACAGCUGGUGGGAGCUAUUACCUUUGGCAUCUUCUCUGACAGGUACGGGCGCAAGAGGGUGCUGCAGAGCGCGACAGUGCUGAUGAUCGCUGUGGGCCUGGGCGCCGCCUGCGCGCCCGGCUUCCCCGCCUACUGCGCCUUCAGGUUCCUCAGCGGGAUGGCGAUGACCGGCAUCAUCGUGGCCAGCCUCUGCCUCACCAUGGAGUGGACCCCGACGCAGAGGCGGACGCUGGUCAAUACCUACGCUAUGUAUAUGAUCACACUGGGCCAGGUGAUCCUCUCCGGCCUGGCCUACUUCAUCCGGCAAUGGCGCUGGCUACAGGGCACAGUAUCUGUCACCUACGUGAUUAUUCUUCUGUAUUCUUGGGGCCUGCCAGAAUCGGCUUGCUGGCUCGUGACCCACAACAAACUUGACAUGGCUGUGAAAAAUCUGCAGGCUGUGGCAAGAUUAAAUGGCAGAAAGGAGCAGGGGAGGAAACUCACUCCAGAGGUGGUAACCUUCCACAUGCAGGAGGACACAGCUGCUGUGAAGGAGUCUCCAUUCUUCUUAGAUCUCUUCCGCACUCCAGGACUCUGCAAAGUUACUUGCUGUAUUGCCCUGGGAUGGUUUUCUGCAGGCUUUUCCUUCUAUGGGCUGGCCUUAGAUGUGCAGAAAUUUGGGUUCAACAUCUACUGGGUACAAAUGCUGUUUACAGUUAUGGAUUUCCCCACAAAGCUGCUGGCAGGCCUGAGUAUGGGCUACUUUGGCCGCCGAAUCACUGUUGUCUCCCUGUUGUUGUUGGCCAGUUGCAUGAUCCUUGUCACCACAUUUGUUCCUCAAGACAUGAAUACCUUUCAGAUGAUCCUCUGUUUAUUUGGAAAAGGGAGCCUGGCUGGCUGUUUUACUUGUCUCUACCUAUACACCAUGGAGCUCUUCCCUACUGAAAUCAGGCAGAUAGGGAUGAGUGCCGGGAUCUUCAGCACACGCCUGGGCUCCCUCUUGGCUCCCCUCGUCUACAUCCUAGGAAGCCAUAGCCCAGUGCUACAGCCUGUGAUGUUUGGCCUCAUGCCUAUCCUGGCAGCUAUAGCAGCCUCCUUUUUGACAGAGACUAACAACCAGCCAUUGCUGGACACCAUCCAGGAGACAGAGAAGAGAAUGAAGAUGGCUCAUGACAAAAAAAGAAACAUCAGUGAAAAUACCACAAAGAAUGGAUUGGUCUCACUUCUAUCAGAAAUGACAAAAGUAGAAGGCACAGUGUGAUUUCUUUGGAACCACAACUAUAUUCUGAAUGGCCCUGCCUCUCUUCACAACUUUCUCACAUUUUGAAACGUGAGGGAUCUUGCCAAGGAAAUGCUAUGGCACCUCACUUGACCGUCUAAUGGAAAAGCAACGAUAGUGCUGUGAUAUGGAAAUAUUAUAAGGCAAAUGAAUCACUUGACUUAUAAACCAACUGAGAAAAGACAUGUAUUGGACAAUCAGGGACAUUUGAAUAUAAAGAAUGAGUUUUAAAUAAAUAUUAAGGAAUCUGUUGAUUUUGUUAAGUUGGCAGUGGCAUUGGGUUAUAUAAGCCAGUGUCCCUUUAAAUAAAAAGAAGAAAGGAAGAAGAAGAAGAAGAAGAAGAAGAAGAAGAAGAAGAAGAAGAAGAAGAAAGAAGAAGAAAGAAGAAGAAGAAAAGAUGUAAGUUGAAGUAUUUAGGAAUGAAAACAUUGGGGAAUUUGCUUUAAAAUACUAGAAAAGUGCAAAGAGUGAGUGCCAGGGUUGAAGCAGGGUGUUCCUUGUACUUCCUACUUCUGGAUGUUUGGAAAUGUUUAUGCUAGAAGUAUUUUUCAAGCUUUUUUCUAUGGUUAACCUAAAAUGAUGACUUGAUGGCUGAAAACAUCCCCCAGACUGCCUCCGCAAGGUUUUCGUCUCUUCUGCAGUGGCUCUCGUCAGACCAUGUGGUCUCUGCUUCAGCUCUUAGUAGCCACAGGACAAGGCCACAUUCUGCAGUGCCUGUAGACAACCCAACCAGCACUCUGGCCUGCAGCCCAGAGCCAGCUGCAUCCAUCUGUCCAGAUCACAGGGUGGAUGCCCAAGACUAUAAAAAGCCAAGAAUGAGCAGAGAGCUUCCAAUGGCAAGUGGUGGAUAGGUGUGUGGUGGAUAGGUGUGUCCAGGCUAUUAAUCUGAGCACCAUUGACAUAGCACCUGUUGGUAGUCCCUGAUAUUGUUCCUCAGUUUGGUAAUGGUCGUUUUAAGGACAUAUGCUUGAGACCAUGACCAGAAAGCCUUCAUGGGGUACUGUAUGAAGAAGAGCCUCCUGAAUUUCUGAAAAGUCACAGCGCCCACUUGUUACGACUGAGGUUCUGUUCAGUGUGGACAUGUAAAUGUAUAUUUUUUUCCUACAUCUAAGUUUUUCUAACAUAGAAGACAUAUGGAAUUAUUGCUGUGUUCAUGUUUUUGUUACUAGUGUCUGAUGUUAGAUUU